AUGAUGCUGGGCGAGGAGUCGGAGCCUGCGAGAACCUGGGAGCAGGUAGGAAACGAAGCCUUGCGACGAGGAAUGAAACGGAUCGUCAUGAUGGGUGCCCACUGGGAGACAUUGGAAGACGCCGUCGAAGUUAGCAUGAACCCCGACCCAAAGAAGCUGCCUAUGGGCGGCGUCCGUGACGAUCGCUACUUGCCCUACAAAUUGGCACCUGAUAUCGAAGGAGGUCAGGAGGUGCUGGAAAGGCUUCGUGCUGCGGGAAUAAAUGCUCGGGCAGCGCCCAAGUUCGACUGGAUCCACGACACCUUCUUGGUAAUCAUCCGCAUGUUUCCGCACUGUGUGCCCAUUCCGACCACUUUGGUCUCGAUGAAUGCUCGAUAUGAUCCACACUUCCACAUCAAGCUGGGCGCCACCCUGCGUCCGAUGCGGUACGAUGAUACCUUGAUUAUUGGCAGCGGAGGCUCGGUCCACAACCUCUACAGAAACCACUGGGAACACAUGUUUAGGUUUAAUGACAACUUCGCGCAGCCUGUGCCCCCCGACACUUGGGCGUUACAGUUUCGACAAGCUGUGGAAGAUGCGAUCCUGCGCAAUAAGGGCCCAGAGGUGCGUCGGGCAUUGUCUCGGUUGAUGAAGCACCCUCGCUUUCGGGACGCUCAUGGAACCGAUGAUCACUGGAUGGCUUCUUUAUUCGUUGCCGGCGCAGCUGGAGGAGUGGAGGACCAAGGCCCUAACACUAUAAUGGCAGAAUGCUGGGAGUUGGUCAAUAUGUGCAAUUCCCAAUAUCAACUGGGUUCGUGGGACUAG